AUGAAGGCCCGUCUGCUCCGCAGUUCUCAGACCUCCCUGCGCUCACAAAACACCCCCACCAGGAUCCAGACCAACUAUUCUUCCAAGGUUGGCAUGGAGCGCAACAAUGGCACCAUUCCUUAUGCUGCCAACCGCAAGACCGACACGGGCGAUCUGGCGGAUUUCCUUCGAAAUACUGGGCCUCAGGGUCCCACACAACCUUCAUCUGCACAGAUGGGCAGAAAGGAUGGGGGUCUCUCUCGUUUCUUCACUCGCCGCAAAAAAACCGAGGCCUAA